CUCCAUUGAACCCAGGGAAUCAGAACAGAACCUACGUAUUACAAAGUAAGACUACGAAACCUUGAGUUUGAAAGAGCCAACAAUGUCAUCAGACAAUCACAACGAAAAGUUGACAGCCGCCUCGAACCCAGACACCGAGGACGAAUGGCAGAUUGUAAGCAAGGAAGACACUCAACCUAAUGAAUCGGGAAAGUAUGAGAACAAGGAGGUGAUACAGGAGAAAACUUCUGAUAACUCCGAGAGGAGUGCCGUGGAGGAGAAGAGAGAAUUAGCAAAAGCAAAAUGGGAGGGCAUGCAGCCACAGAGGGGCGGCGUAUACCCUGAUAGAGAGGUCAAGACCCCAAGCUAUCCCCAGUUCACUGGAAAUUGGUAAGGGAUUCAUGGCGCGUAUUUCUGGAUAUGAUAUGAAGUCUAUUCAAGAAGAUCCUUUGUCCAUGAAUGUGCGUUCCUAUUUGGCCAAACUGGUGAAGAAGGAGUGAUCUGUUGUAAA